AUGAAUAUACUAUUGGUGUUGCUCAAUUUGGAGGGGAAUGAGCUACUAGGGUUCCCCGAUUUGAAGGAAAAGGAGUUAUUGUUAGCAUCCCUCAAGAUCAAGGGGACGGAGUUAUUAUUGGCGUCUCUCAAGUUAGAGAAGAUGGAGAUUCUACGUGGCAUUGCUCAAUUUGGAGGGGAUGGGUAUUUUAUUGGAGUUGUUGACACCAUUAAUUGA